UUCCAUCACUAACAGAUGCCUACCCUUUUUGUUUUGUAAUUGUUUCUCUGUUGGAAAUUAUAAUAAUUCACAAAUAAAUGCUUAAUAGUAACAGACAGCUUGUAGCUGUGCGCGAUUCUCUUGUGGGGACUCCGGCAAUACCGAAUGUGGUACAGCUGCAAUUGGCGGAAAAACGGGUAAACACCAACAUAAAUAGUCCAUUGCCCGCCACGCAGGGUCUCAAAGGCCGCCAUUUAGAGCGCAGCUUAGACACAGUAGCCGAAUCCCUAAACAAACUGGCGCUGGAGCCACUGACAGAUUUCGCAAACUGGUCACAGCUUCAGACGAUGCCUGGAAAUGCAAUGCCUAGAGCAAAUGCUAUGUCGGACGAUAUGGUGGACUCGGAGAGUGACUGCACUAGCAGCAAUGAUCACUCAGAUGAGUUAGAUUCACAACAAAGCCGUGGCGAAGAGGACGACAGCGACUGUUGCACCAACUAUGGCGAAAGGCGCAGUGGCGUUUCGCGACGCCGCAUGCCGUCUCGCAUCUCUAAGGAUAACUUCAAUCGCGUGCGCAGUGCCAUCAUGAAACCCAGCAAGAAGAAGCGUUCCGAACUACACGCAAACUCACAGACGCUAAAAAGUAUUGAGAAAAUUUACACAAGUAAACGCAUGAAAAAGUUUACGCCGGCCAAUUUGGAAACCAUAUUCGAGGAGCCGAGUGAUGAAAAUGCAGCGGACGCCGAGGACGAUAGCGAGGAAUGCGCCAUCACUAGUCAAGUGCGUUUGGUAAGAUUUGGCGCGCGAAAGUUGCGUCGUGCCGUCUCCUUCAGCGACGGACUCAAUAAGAACAAGUCACUGAUCAAGAAGCGUCGCUUGAAGGUUAAAAAAACAUUCGGCAAGCGAUUUGCGCUUAAAAAGAUCUCAAUGAGCGAAUUUCACGAUCGUCUGAACAAGAGUCUGGACAGUGCUAUGAGCGAAGAUGCUGCCGACGAUGGGAGUGAGGCGGAGCCAACACGGUUCACAGCCAAGCCCAUGGAUGACAUGCAGUUGGUAACACGCACGUUGCAGUCGUCAGUGUUCGACUAGCGUGAUAAGCAGUUUUCUGCUUGGUGAGAAAUGUACUGAUUAUCAAUUACAUACUGUUUUAGUUAUAGUAGAAGAACGCCGUCUAAUUCAUUUUCGUAUGUAGAUAUCAUCUAUUUAAUAUAAGAAUAAA